GCUUGGGCCAUACCUAGCCGACUCCAAGAAUUCAGAUGCUAAGAUUUUGACGCAUAUGAUAGAAACCAACGUAGAGGAAAUUAAAGAUUGGAUAAAGGAGGAAGACAUAUUCAUUGUCGAUAGAGGGUUUAGGGAUGCGGAAACUCUACUCAACGACAUUGGAAUUCAUGUUGAAAUGCCUUCCUUUCUACCACGUUGAACAAAGCAACACACAACAGAAGAGUCUAAUGCAACACGUUUAGUUACAAAACUACGAUGGGUCGUCGAAAGUGUUAAUGGUAGAAUCAAAACCUGGAAUUACUUGGACAGAACCAUUCCCAAUAGCCAGAUACCACACAUCGGAGACUAUGUUCGGAUCAUUAGUGCCAUCUGCAAUAAAUUCAGGCCUGAUGUUAGUACAGGAUUAGAGAGUGACUUGUCGACAGCUGCGAAGAUGCGUUUUCUCUCCAAGGAAGUCAAUGUACUCAAGGAAUAUGUAGAGACAAAUGGUUUAGACAAAAGGGAAGUAAGGUGGCGGAAGAUUGACGCCAGCGACACAAGCAUUGCAUUUCCGCAACUGUCGGAAGAAGAAAUACGAGAAUUAACAAUGGGGGUAUAUCAGAUAAAACUAGCUAAAUCCUAUGCUCAGGAACAUCUGGAUAAAGAUGGCAACUAUGAAAUUUACGUCAACAAUGACCAUGAUGGAAUUCUACGUGCAAAACUUCAAAGCAGGCAUAUAUCGGCAAAAAAGUAUUUAUUGUGGAUUGGGUUUGAUGAGAUAAAUAUAAAAUCAUGGUUUUGCAAAUGCAAAAUAGGGUCAAGAGUGGUGGGAAUGUGCUCCCACAUCACUAGUGUUAUAUGGUUUUUAUCCUUUGCAAGGCACAGGGAAAACCCAAAGAUUGGAGUUCGGAAUUGGUGCAGUUACGUUGAUGAUGCUGCAGCGCUGCCCGUUGAUGAUUCCGACAGCGACGAAGACAGCCUUGUCGGAAAUGAAGAGGAGUGAUAUUAACAUGUUAACAUUUUAACUUAUUAAAAGUUAUUGAACUUAUUAACAUGUUAUUAACAUUAAUAUGUUACAUUUGGUUCAAAUGAUUUUAAGAUUUGAACCAAAUGUAUUUUGAAAUUCACAGAGAGAGAGAGAGGGGGAGGGAGGUUGCUUCUUUAGUACUACAGCAAAACUCGGUUAUAACGAAGUCGCUGGGACCUUUGAAAUUACUUCGCUAUAUCCGUAAUUCGUUAUAACUGUAUGUAAAAUUCAUCAAAUUUAUAUAGCUGGGGAUUGAAAAUGACUUAGCUAUAUCCGUGAAUUCGCAAUAUCCGUGUUCGUACUAAACGAGUUUUACUGUAGUUUUUGAGAGGACGUAAUGAGAACGAGCAAGAGAAAUAAAAGUAAUGAAUUUGUCAAGGUAUUCAAUAGGGAUAUCAAUUUGUAACAAGUUAAUUGUUUACUCGGUCGGAGCUAUGGUAAUCGUUAGAAAAUCUGUAAUAAGUUAGGCGAAAAAGUUUUAAAAAAUUAAAUUUGAACGCAAUUUUUUUGAAGUUUGAUAAUUUAGGAUUUCACACAUUCAUUGAUUUAAAUGUGACUACUAGUAUGAUUCUACGGACCGUGGGGCAUGGUUCUUGGUCAUUUUGUGUCUGAAGUGUAAAUUAUUGUUAAAACACCAAGUUGUUACCCCGACUGACCUGUAAUUCUUUGUGUCCAAUCCCUUUGGCAUUUGUCAAUGAAAUAUGUUCAAAAUUCAUUUAUGAUAAUUAAAUCACCGUUUAGUACUGUGAAUUAAACACUGUAAAUUUAAAAAUGUAAUUCAGAAUAAAUCUUAAUUAUGGUGACAACGCUGAAUGAACUUAGGUGAAAUCUGCUUUGGAGAAAAGAUCUAUGCCUUUUUUCUCAGACAUGAUUCAUGGUUUUCUUGAUUUUUUUCCAGUCUACUGAAACUGAAAAUAUAGAUAUAUAAUAGUAUGCAUAUAAUUUUCUCAUCAAGAAUCAAGACAAAUAGAACAGUUUUAAAAAUUUUAGACUUAAGUACUUCUUGUGUACAUGAAUUAACUUAUGAAAAAAAAAUAUUGAAAAUAUAUUUUGAUAUGGUUAAGCGGUUAAUCGCUCUUUAGGUUAACCGAUUAGCAGUUCCGUAUUCGGUCGCCAUCCCUAGUAUUUAAUGAGAGAAUUUUUUUUUUGAGAGAGAGAGAAAGAGAUUGCAUGUUGUAGAUUUACUAGUUUCAGAGAAUAAAAAUUGUCUUAAUUAUAUAUUAUGUACAUUGUUUUUCGAUGAAUAAUUUCAGUGACGUCACAUAUGUUCUUACGACGUUAAAAAGGAAAAAUAUUGUAAAAAGGAUGCAAAAUUGAC